GCCCGCGUGCCCGCUCCCAAGAUGGCGGCGGCGCUGUCCGGCGCGCUCGGCCGCGCGGGUUGGAGGCUGCUGUCGCUGCGGUGCCUGCCCGUGUCCCGCUGCCAGCCGGCCCUGGGGCGCCAGGCCUUCCACGCUUCAGCUCUGCAGCUCAGAUCUGCCAAUGAGCAGAAGCAGCCACCACCCCACAACUUUUCUCAGCAACAUUCUGAGACACAGGGGGCCGAAGAACCCAAUCCGGCAUCAUCUCGCCCACCCCCCAGGUACACAGAUCAGGGUGGCGAGGAAGAGGAGGACUACGAGAGUGAGGAGCAGCUGCAGCAGCGCAUCCUGACAGCAGCCCUGGAGUUCGUGCCCACCCACGGGUGGACAGCAGAAGCCAUUGCGGAAGGAGCCCAGUCUCUGGGGCUCUCCAGGGCAGCCGCUGGCAUGUUUGGGAGUGAUGGCGGUGAGCUGAUACUGCAUUUUGUGACCCAGUGCAACUCGGAGCUCAGGCGGCUGCUGGAGGAGGAGCAGAAGCUGAUACAGCUGGGCCAAACAGAGAAGAAGAAGACAGACCAGUUUCUGAGGGACACUGUGGAGACCCGGCUGAGGAUGCUGAUCCCCUACAUUGAGCACUGGCCUCGGGCUCUCAGCAUCCUCUUGCUGCCACACAACAUCCCGCCAGGCCUACGCCUGCUCACCAGCAUGGUGGACGACAUGUGGUACUACGCCGGCGACCAGUCCACUGACUUUAACUGGUAUACACGGCGGGCCGUGCUGGCUGGCAUCUACAACACCACCGAGCUGGUGAUGAUGCAGGACUCGUCCCCAGACUUCCAGGACACUUGGCGCUUCCUGGAGAACCGGAUCAACGACGCCAUGAACAUGGGCCACACCGCCAAGCAGGUCAAGUCCACGGGCGAGGCGCUGGUGCAGGGACUCAUGGGCGCAGCAGUGACGCUCAAGAACUUGUCGGGCCUCAACCAGCGCCGCUGAGCAGGACCGGCGGUGUGCGUGCGCAGAAGUGAGCCCCGGAGGAUUCACGAGAAGGGGCUUUGGAAAGCACGUGGUGCCCCCCACGGAAAAGGGGAACACCGGCCUCCUCCACCACUGCCCCUGAACACCCCUGGGCAGCUGCUGAGACGCUGAACUGGGACUGGGCCCCUUCUACAAUCCAAACGCCAGGCCCGGCCCUCUCUUGCCUUACAGCCUUUCAGUUGUGCCACGGAAAACGCCUUCAGUGACAGAACCCGACAGGACCCUGACACCUCCUUCAUGUCUGAACCCUCCUAGGAAGACUCUGGGGCUCCUCAUGCCCAGCACAGCAGAGGCUCACUUCACUGGCUUUCUGGGGACCCUCGCCUCUCCCACGUCUUGAAAGACUGCCCGGGCACCCCAGCCCAGCCCCGAGAGUCCGGCACAGGUGCUCAGCCAGCAGAGGAGGUUCCUGGAUGCUCAGUCCAUUCUGCUGGCAUUGCCGGAUUAUUGGGCGACCUGGACUCAGUCAGGGUAAUAAACACUUACAGCCA